CUCAAACAACAAACUUCUUGGUCUCUCUCUGUCUCUCUCUUGCAGACCACAGAGCUUUGUUCUCCUUCCCUCUCCCAUCAAACACACAUCUAGUUCUCUCUCUCUCUCUCAUGGCACCAAGGAAUGUGAAUAAUGGAGCUGGUAGGAAAGUUUAUAACAAAGGAGCAUGGACAUCUGAAGAGGAUAGAAAACUGACUCAGUAUAUUGAAGUCCAUGGUGCCAAGAAAUGGAAGACGGUAGCAACCAAGUCAGGUUUGAAUCGAUGUGGGAAGAGCUGUAGAUUGAGAUGGUUGAACUAUCUAAGACCAAACAUCAAGAGAGGCAACAUAUCUGAUGAAGAAGAGGACUUGAUUGUUAGGCUUCAUAAGCUAUUGGGAAACAGGUGGUCAUUGAUUGCGGGAAGACUUCCAGGAAGAACAGACAAUGAGAUCAAGAACUACUGGAAUUCUCAUUUGAACAAGAAAAUAAAUAAAGGAAAAACAACAUCAACUUCAACAGCACAAGAGAGAACAACCCCAGAAGCCGCCGCCGGCGUCUCUGAGGUAGAGAGAGAAGGCGGGGGAGGGAGUAGGAAUCCAGAAGUUACCUUCAAUGUGAAUGAAUUCUUUGAUUUCUCAACAGAAGGUACCAAUGGGUUGGAAUGGGUGAAUAAAUUUCUUGAACUAGAUGAUGGCCAGUGGAUUUCUGAGAAAAGGUAAGGUUUUGUAAAAUGUAAGAAGUUUGUGAAGUUGGCGUAAAAUUUUUUCUAUAAUUUUGAAUAAUAUUUUUAUUUUUCAGUAAAUUUGAAUAAACUUGUGAUUUGAGACAUUUCUAUGCUACUGAAUUUUUUACCGUCUA